UAGACACACACCGGCAUUAUCUCACCGGUUUAACCUCGAUAGGUUUGGAAGGAAACACUAGAGACAGGACUGUUGUUGUAUUAAACAAUCGUCUAUAAUUUGGAAGUUGUUGUAAUUGUUAGCAUUUAUACACAGCUGGGACUUUAUCAUUGAAAAUCUGUCGCGUUAUUUCUCGUAGUGUAUAUGACCGUCCGUGUCUGUUUGUUUUUUAUUGUGAACAUUCGAGUUUUAUUUACGCGGUUUCGUUUUACAUAUCGAUAUACUCAUUGAUGGCAGUGUCAGGGGGUGCCCGAUGUUUCCCGAUGGGUGUGCGGACAUUCAGCGAGUUUCUGGAGAUAGCGACCGUCGGUCCGUGUCGCUCCGGCAGCCCAAAUAAGCACCGAGAGAGAAUACAGCAGUGGUCCAUCCGACAUUUGUCUUCCUGCGGGAUUUUAAUGACCCGUUCCCCUCGACCUCUUUGUCUCUCUGACGCGGAUCAUCUGACCCCCACUCAUCACAGAAGAUCAUUCAUCAGCCUCACAAAUAAGAGAAAAGAGUAUUCAGAGAGAAGAAUACUAGGGUAUUCAAUGCAAGAGAUGUAUGAAGUGGUAGCCAAUGUGGACGAGUACAAAAACUUUGUACCUUGGUGCAAAAAGUCCCAGAUCAUCAUGAGUAGGGCCGGUCAUUCCAAAGCGCAUAUGGAAGUGGGCUUCUCACCGGUUGUUGAACGAUACACGUCUAUGAUAAGCCACGUUCGUCCACAUCUUGUUAAAGCUGUAUGUUCUGAUGGAAAGCUCUUCAAUCACUUGGAGACGAUAUGGCGUUUCAGUCCUGGUCUUCCUGGUUAUCCUCGCACAUGCACGGUAGACUUUUCGGUCUCGUUCGAGUUUCGUUCUCUGAUACACUCGCAGUUAGCGACCGUGUUUUUCGAUGAGGUGGUGAAGCAGAUGGUGGCGGCGUUCGAGCGAAGAGCGUGCAAACUGUACGGGCCCGAGACGAGAAUACCAAGAGAGCUUAUGUUUCACGAGGUCCAUCAGACGUGAGGUUUACCAUCACACGUGGACUCACUCAUAACUACAUUAUCAUCAAUAACACACCUGUACGGUUUAACAGUGUGGGAUGGGACAGUCUGUUUUUAUUUUUAGGAUAUAUUUCAACUCAUUUGCAGCCUUGCAUACAUAAAAAGGAGAGACUUGACACAUUUGCCUCUGUUAUCAAAUGACUUUUGAUUUGUUGUCAUAUUGUAUCAGAUUUCAACGUUGGGACGGGUGCCGUGUCCAACUGUGUAUAUAUGAUAAUUUCUAUACAGAAAUAAUAUAUAGUGUUUCAUUAUAGUUACACACAACUUAUUCUGUUCACUUCUCGGUUCAUCGGGCCCAAAUUUGAAGUUAUCACAGGAAUACAGGCAUGCAUCUACAAUGGAUGUCUAUGGGUCAACACAUUUUUAUGCUUGCCCUAUUGAUCUCCAUUGUAUGUGCAGCUGUCGGUGCUUUUGUUGUUGUAUGUUUUCUAAUUGAUGCACGUCAAAAUAUUAUUUUUGCACAGAUUAAACCAAAAUAUUCCUAUGAAAAAACUGUAUACAACAAAACAGUUGUGGGAACUCAAAGGUUUUCAUCCAAAUCCUCAAAGUCACCUGCUUGACUUUUACGCAGCACUGAAUUUAUAACAUUUAACUUGUAUUCAACCCGGCGUUGGGUCAAAAAAGGACAAACUUAGAUUGUUAACUGCUAAAAUGUUCUAGGUUAAUUUAACCUAACGGCUGGGUUUGUCCCUUUUUUACCCAAUUCAGGGAUUAAAAUAACCCAGCAUUUAUCCGAGGGAAUUUAACUGUAAUUGAGGAGAUAUAAAAAGCUGUUAUCCAAUAUUUCAAACUUUGGACCCACCACCAUAUUUAGUGCAUAAAUAGUAAAUUCUAAUGAAAGUAAAUAUAGAAAUAUAUUUGCAUGCUUCCUUGGUUCAUGCAAACUCAGGGCUUUGGAGAAAUUAUAUUCAGUUAAAGAAAUCAGCCUGCCGUUUACUUCACAGAUUGUGCCUGUUUAUUUGAAAAAGCAAUGAAAGUGCCAUUUCGGUUACAUGUAUGUUUAGUUAAACACUACUGUAUUCAUGUCAUCUGAUUUUUCAAAAAAGGCACAAGUUAUAGUUUCUUCUUGAAUGUUUAUUUUAUAAAAAUUAUGUUUUUAUCUACUUUUCAAUGCCAUUUAUGCAUUGCAUGACAUUUAGUUGAACUUAGUAAUUGUUAUAAUGUUGAUUAUUUAUUUGUGCUGUUAUAUGUCUAGAGGUCUGCAAUGGAUUUGCAACGUGCACCACAAAAAGAGAUUUUCAUGUACGUUUUGCCUGUUUAAUGUGAACCAGAACUAUGCUUGAGAUGAGCACAAUUAUUGGGUUAAAUCUCUUUAAAACGAAUGUUGUGUGUGAAGCUUUAUUUCUCUGUCAGCAGGUAAAUUACAUUGAAGAAGCUUUUAUUUUCAUUUGAAUAUCUAUAAAUGUUUAUCAAAUGAAGCGUUUGUGCCUGAUUUACUCGAACAGAUGUUUUGCAUGUGGACAUUGAUGCAAUUUUCUUCUUUUAUUUAUUAUACAAAGUAAUACCAGUGAUGGAGGUACAGUGCAAGUAAUUUGAGUAAGGUAGUGGCAUCUAGGUCAUGUAUUUAUACCAGCACGAGGUACUUAAAUGGAGUUUCUGAAAUAUAGAGAGACUCUUCUCUUUAAACCUUUACCAGACUUUAAAACUGAAUGUGGAAACAGAUUAGGAAACAAUGAACAGACUUUGAUCUUACUAAGAUGGUAAAUGGACCACAAAACCAGUCAAAUUUU